UUGCCAACAAUCAUGGCGGAGCGUCAGCCAGGCCGACGACGAAAGAAGAGAGAUGAUGGGCCGGUGGAGAAGCCUACGGAUGAAGAGACAGCCAUCGGCAAACAUCUCCGCUUUAACCUUGCCACUAAAACCAGCAACUUUAUGGGACAUAAAGUCGAGUAUUUCACAGGAUCCAAGGCUGUGGAUUUGAUGUUGGAUUCUAAGUGGGCCACAGGCAAAGGGAAUACCGAGAUCUUAUUCACUACGAGGUCUUCAGUGGUGCAUUAUCUUGACAGGCUUUUGCACAAGGGAAUGUUCCAUCGUGCCCUGAAGGUGGUGAAAAAGAACAAGAAGGAGGAAAAAAAAGAAAAGGAAGGGAAGAAGGAGGAAAAGACCGAGAAAGAUGUGAAGAAAGGAGAGACGAAAAGCAAGAAAGAAAAAGGAGACAAGAAGGAAAUCAAAGAGAAGCCAGAGAAAGAAAUCACUGAGAAGGAUGAAGGGAGUCCCAAAAGCAAGAAGAACAAGGAAGGCAAAAGGAAGAUCAAGCUAGAACACACAGAGGAUCAAGUCUUCAGGGAUGGAAAUGAUGCUUACGUUUGGAUUUAUGAUCCUAUUAAACCAAUGUAUUAUGUCUACGGCUUACUUUUGGUUGUUGGAGCUAUUGCAGUCUGCCUUUUUCCUCUCUGGCCUCCAUGGAUGAGAGCUGGUACUUACUAUCUGAGUCUUGGUGGAGCUGGAUUGGUGGGAACUGUCGUGGUCUUGGCAAUAAUUCGUUUGAUCCUCUUCGUGCUUCUGUGGUCUGGCUCCAUGGGACGUAUCCAUCUCUGGAUCUUCCCCAAUCUCCUUGCUGAUGUGGGAAUACUGGACUCCUUUCAACCUUUCUAUGAGUGCAACGCAAAGAAACCCGACACGGACUCGACCAAAGAAAAGACCUUGGCCGAAGGAGAGGAAGAAGAAGAGAAGGCCAAGAUGGACGAGGAGGAAAAGGCAGAAGAGGAAGCCCAAGACGCAGAGGAGGUACUGGCUCCAUCUGUGGAGGCAGGAGAGGAUGUUGAGGAGGACAAGAUAGACGAAGAUGAUGAAGAUGACGAUGAGAAAGUUGAGGAGGACGGCAGUGGAUCUAGCUCCAAUCCAGACAAUCGAGAGGAAUUUGAGAUCAUCGAGCCCGAGGACAUUUCAGCAACCUCUGAAGAAACAGAAUCAUGAAACCCUGUGAGAGGAAAACUUCAAUUAUUGUCCUACCAGUGCUGGAAUGUCUACAGGUCCAAGUGUGGUCAGAAGAUGGUCUGAAGGGGAAAGAUAUUCCAAGGAAGUGUGGUUUAAACCAGACAAAUUUGGCAGAUUUCAGACUUGAGAAAUCUUGCAAGCCAAUAGGGCAUGGACAUGUCAGACGAAAGUUGUAUUUUGAUACUCAAGAGAUCAUUUAUGAGUACUAAGUGAAUGUUUGUAGAGCAUUCCAGCACUGUGAUGGUAGUAUACUUAUGUGCCAGAUUUUAUUAUUUUGGAAAUUUUAAUGAGCCAGCAAAAGUCCUGUUGAUUUGUUUAGAUUACACAUAGCUUGAUAAACCAACCAGGUAUUAGGGUCUAACUUUCAAAACCUAAGAGAAAUAAUUAUACUUUGGAGCUGGCUAUUCUUACAAGAAUUUCUUUAAAAUUGAUCAUGUUUAUUCCUGGGAACUUUGAGUGAUUUGUCCAUUGUGUUGGAAGUAGAAACUGUAACCUACGUUCUAAGGAAGGUCCUUUGCGUGGUCCACGGGUGGAAAAUGCAUUUUCUUUCAUUAUGUUUUUGACAGUAACUUAGCACUUUAAAUUGAAACCACUUUGAAGCCUUAAGUACUAGUUGCGUUGAGCUUCACAAUCUGUAAAUCUUGUAAAAAAGGCAAAUAUUUAUGACCAACAAACGUCUGAUGGGGAACUAGUCAGUAAAUGUAUUUUGCAUUCUUCAGCCCUUUAUGCUAAUUGAUGCCAUACAUGUAGCAGCUAUAAGUAUUUUAAUUCUGUUCAAAUUCUUUUUUUCCUCGAGGAAAAAUGUUGGCCUACAGGUUAAGAUGUCGGAAAAACUCUUCAGACAACCUUUGUCCCGAUUUUUAUUUGUUUGCAUGGCUGAGAGGAGUAGAGGAUGCUAGUAUUUUUUUAACCCUAACCCCUAGGGACCAUUGAAAUCCUACAUAACCUUGUUGGGUUCAGCAUGGUUAGGUGUAAUGCAUUCAUUAUGGCUCUGUGAGUUGUUUCUUUUUUUCUCGCUGAUUAAUAAUGUACAUACGUACAUGUAUGUGUCAGUCUAGAGCUGAGAUAGCUACUGGAGCUCGCGACUAUGAUAAAUAGGGGGCACGCUAAUUGCAGAGUGGCCUUUAUUAAAUUGGUUUGUUUCUCUGCUGUCAUGGUUACUGUUCAUUGUUUCUGUUAAAAUACUUUAUUCUAUCUUCCUCCUUUCCCAAUCUGAGACGAGUGACUAAAUGUCAUGAUUUUCCUGAUGGUUUUUUUGGCUUUCUUCUUGAGGGACCUGCGCGGGAGCAGUUGAUACUGAUAAAAUUUCCAAGCUAGAGCUUGAGGUUGCUGUCACCAUGUUCCUAUUAACGAGCGCAAAUUAUGUCCACAUGAACAGCAUGUGCUCUUGUAUUGAUAGUUAAAUUAAUCGCGUAUCUAUUGCUACUAUACUUGUAAUUACAUGUGUAACUCGUGUCCAGUACCGUGCAAAAAUCUGUAGAGAAAAUUAAACUAUAUUCAAGAAGUCAUUUGUUU